ACGGAAUGGUAAAAAAGCUUGCCAUAUGGCCACGACAUCGCCCACCGUCAGCUUACGCCAUCCCCAACAUCCGGAAUAGGUACUACACAUGUGUAAUCAUAACUUGUGACGGUGGCUGUGACAACAAAGGGACUUCUCGCCGAAGGUUGAGUCCCUCCCACGAUGCCAGGAUUUUCUGUGAAGAUAAAGGGGGAGGGUACGGAUCCAAAGUACUGCUGUUCGUCCUGUGGUCUGCUGUUGAACGAGCCACGACAGACGUCAUGUGGACAUCGGUACUGUAAAUCCAGUGUGGAAGACCUUACCAGGCCCGACGGCGGAAAAUGCAAGGUGCCAUCAUGUGGUCAACAGAUUAAGAUUGAAGACGUCUUCCCAGACAAGGCUAUUGAGAGAGAAAUACAAAACAUUGAAGUGUUCUGCAACAAUGACGACGACGGCUGCAAAUGGCAGGGGCUUCUCAAGGACCUGAAGAUCCAUCGCGAUGAGUGUGAGCACGAGAAAAUCGCCUGUAUCCACCAGGACUGUGGAGAGAGAAUUCCAAGAGGAGAGCUUUCCAAACAUCUCACCGACAACUGUGCGUUCCGGUCUGCCGUCUGUCAGUGGUGUAAGGAACCUCACCCUUUCAAGGACAUUGCGAAACACCAGGAGUCCUGCCCCGUGGCCCCCGCCAGGUGUAAGUGGUGCGGUAAGAAGGGCCUGACCCGCGCACAGCUGCAGGACCAUCAACAUCCGCAGACCGGCGACUGUCCCAACAUGAAACUGCCCUGUCACUUCGAACCCGUGGGGUGCCAGGAAAAGCUUGAAAGGAAACAACAAGGGGAUCACCAGAAAAAGACUCUCACGGCUCAUCUCAACAUGGUCCUCGCCAUGAUUCUCCAACUGGCAACAAACCUGGAGGGACUCCGGGACCAGGAUGUGGAGUCUCGCGAAAACAUGCGAACCGCCAUUCCUCGACUGGACAAGAACAUCAAGGACCAAGGCAGCAAGAUUGCCCAGCUGGAGCAGAAAGUUUCCGCUCACCAGACAGAAGGGGCGACGGCAUCAGGAUCAGGCAGUUCUAAGGCGCUGGAAAAUCGAGUUGAACAGAUUCGAGCUAAAGUUGAAGACGUGAUCAAGAAGCUCGCCGCCUGGGAGCCCAGGGUCGGCACGUUUGAAGGGAUCGUCGCCGUCCUGAACCGUGAGAUCGAGAAGUGCAGCUCACAGAUGGAGGCGUACGAACGACAACGUCGGCAGGACAGGGAGAUCAUCGAGACCCUGGAGAGGAAGGUCAGGUCUCUGGAGAGGAUCAUCGCUCUGAAGGACGUCGCCCUGGCCGAACAAGACCUCCGGAUCCAGACCCUGGAACUGACCAGCUAUGACGGCAUCCUGACGUGGAAGAUACCGGAUUUCACUCGCAAGCGCCACGACGCCAUCACGGGGAAGACAGCGAGUUUCUACUCGCCAUGUUUCUUCACCAGCCGUACAGGGUACAAGAUGUGCGCCCGCAUCUACCUGAACGGAGACGGGAUGGGGAAGGGCACUCAUGUCAGCCUGUUCUUCGUCGUCAUGAGGGGACACUUUGACGGGCUGCUUCGCUGGCCGUUUCGUCAAAAGGUGACCUUCAUGCUCCUGGACCAGAACAACCGUGAGCACGUGAUCGACGCGUUCCGCCCUGACCCGACCAGCUCGUCCUUCCAGCGGCCCACCAGUGACAUGAACAUCGCCAGUGGAUGUCCGCUCUUCGUGCCGCUCAGUCAGCUGGAGAGCAGCAGCCAUGCCUAUGUGAGAGACGACACCAUGUACCUCCGUGUUAUUGUCGACACAAGUGAUUUAAAUUGACUGGCCGUAUCGGAGUUCACGAGAUUGAAAUCACAGAAAAGCACUAUUUUGUUUGCGACAUUUGUUAAAAGGGAAGAGCAUUUUCAUGAACAGAAUUAUGUAAACAGUGCCUGAUAUUACUGCUUGCACUAGGUACAUGUAUGCAUAAUUCUGUCAGAAAAUGUAUUUUUCCUUGUAAUAAGUGUCGCAAACAAAUCGAUGUAGAAAAGUCCAGUUUGUGACAAAUACUAAUCUCUAAGCAGAUCUUUCGGUGGCCGUAAAAGACAGUAUAAAUAUCAAAUUGGUCAGGCAGUAUCCAUUGGCCACCAUGCCUUGCUUGAAGAUAAGACAAAUACGGUGUACAUCAAAAAUAUAUCGGGAGUUCUUAUUCUUGUCAAGCUUUAUAGAUUCCUAGCAAUAGCCAUUGACUAUUUGGCUAAAUUCCCUGGCAUUCCAGGCUAGAAGUUGCGUCACGCAGUAAAAUUCACAAUCGGUACAGUACUGUACACUUUCCCAUUGAAAGAAAGUAAAGUUGUGUCAGAUAUAUUAUCUGAUAUAACAAACAUAUCAGCAAGAAGUAAAUGAUUCUAUCAUUACAAGGUAGGUGACCAUGUCACGAUCACAGACAUUUUUGACAAUACAAAACAUACAAGGAAUAGCACAAAAACAGAAAAAAAGCAAAAAAAGUUAAAAUCCAUACAAGCACAAAAAAACAGAAAAGCACAAAAACAUGUUUAAAAGUAGUUGCUGACAACUUGCUGUGGUUGUUUGAAGGUUUGUGUAUACAUUUAGAUACCUGAUAUGUAUAAGCGUUUAAGUUACGCAUAAGACGUUUUUGUAACCUUAAGAUAAAUGAGGUAGUACACUUAUUCAGGAAAGAUUACUACAAAGCUUUACUUAGAAAUCGUGAGUGAACGAUUUUGAGCGCGUGACAUGGUCACCCUUUUCUGUGAUUUCAUCCCGUGAGCUCCUGGCAAUCUUGUGUGGACAAUGACACUGAAACUAGUGUUGUAGCACAGGGCAGAAAAACACAAAAUUGGCAUACAAAUAGGCUACGAUAUGGCCUGUUAAACCAUGAAAAAAGCUCCUUGGUUAAACCGUUUUCUCAGUGUGCGAGAAAACUUUCUGAAUUUCAUGUGUAACAUUGAUCCAAGGAGCUUCUAUCACCGAUAGAAGCUCCUUGAUUGAUCGCAUUGUGUGAUUAUAUGCGUCAAUUUUUUUGGACAUGGAUAGAAAUGGUCAUACUUUUCUUACAAUAUCUCUUCAAUCCUAGUAUAGACCUGUUUUCUGUGAAGGGGGAAACUUUCUAUAUUCCAUGUGUGUGGACUAGUACUUUUAGUUUGCCUGUUUAUUAAUAAAUAUGUAUAUUAAUCGUAUGGCCUAACAUAUGGAUUCGGUUCCCUAAAAUAAAGUAUAGAUGCAUAUAUGUAACGUGGGUAGAGAAUGCUAAUACCUUUUUUCUCAUUCAAGUUAUCACUUAAUAUCGUUAUGUAUGAUGUAGAGUACGUUACCUUAAAAUGUCAUCGAUUUUUAUAACAAUAUUACUACAUGUAAAUGAAAUGCUGAGUCUGUUAAACUGUUGUACAAUUUAUUUUAAUCCUCUGAUUGUUAUGUACCAUUUUGUGUGUUGGUCACAAGAAUAAUCGUUUUCUUCAAAAUUACAGGACGAUUGUGUACAGAUUAUUAUGUACAGAUGUUUUGCCAGAAUAUUUAUGAAGAAACAUUAUAUGUGGUGUAGACGUGAAAUAUGAUUAUUAUAUAUGGUUAGAAAAAAAGAUUACCUGUGAUUUCACCAACAAUGUGCAGACUUAUGUACAUACACAUAAUACAACUGAACUGUCUUUAAAAUCACAAAGAUUGUUAUCUAUCAAUAACAUAAUAUAUAUGUUGUACCAAUGUG